AUGGGUGCUAGCUUUGCUGCAUGGUGUCCGGCGACGCCAACAAUAGGAGAAUGGAUUGAGGUUUCUUUUGAGGAACCAACAAUACUGUCUUCUAUUAAGAUACAAAAACCUCUUGGUUCAAAUAUAAAAUGGCCAACGGAGAUAGAUAUAUUAAUAGAAGAGGCACAAAGCUCCCCUGGUAACCUUACAGAUUCAGGAGAGACAAUAAAACUUGAUCCCUUAAACGGGGAUGAAACUUUCACAUUACCAAAUACACUUGCAGUACGGCGUGUUCGGUUAGUCAUAGCAAACUUUACAGAGGAACCUUGUUUUAGAUUCGAAAUCAAUGGGUGUCCAGUAAAAGAUCCUGAUCCACCCGAAGUUCCUGAUUUACCAGAUUUAGAGUUUACAUAUAUAAGUCCAGAUGACUUACAGCUUACAUGUUCAUUUGGUACUACAAUUAGUUACGGUGUUCAGUAUGAUGUUAUGUGGGAGGAUAAUGGAAAGGUCCUAUCACAGAAACUUUUACCCAAUACACAAGUGUCUGAUACAUUACACUUUACUUCAGCUCAACUGGACUUAAUAUCAAAGAUAAAAUGUACAGUAAAGGCAUGCAAUAAAAAUGAUUGUCCUACACUUUUCGGUACAAAGAAAGCCAGUAAUAUCUUCAGACCAGAGAUUCAGAUUAAGAAUGGUACAUCACUGUCUGUGAGAGAGGGUGGAGAGGAGAGUUUUGUUGUGAUAACAUCUAACGUCCCACCUGUUGUGUACUGUAGAGCACAGAGUCUUGAUGAUGACUGCACUGUGUUUGUACAGCUUAGGUCUAAUGAACAAAAUCCUGUCCAAUGCAAAAAUGGACAUGACAUAACUCAGGUUGUAUUUCCGGAGGAGGGAGGUGAAACAAAGUCAUGUACAGUGACUGUGACGUCCGAUAACUGGAACAAAGAUAUCAACGUCCCAGUCAAAGCAGCCAUGGACGGAAUUAUUGAUGGCAUGAAGACAGUUACUGUUACCUUGACAACUAAAGUAGAAAAUGUUGCCAUGAUUACAAAUGUGAAAUCUAUUCAGGUUACAGUAGAAGAUUCUGACAUGGGUAGUGUAUGUACAGCACAGACUGGAUUACAUGUAAAGACUUUUGAUAACAGCUAUUACACUGGUAUGACUGAAGGAGAGCAUGUUUUCUACAAACACAAAUCAUUGCCUGUUGAAAUCCAUACCUUCCAUCGCCACUGUGGAGGGUUAAAGUUGAUAUGUAUCUGUGGCGUAUCUGUUAGAGUAGAUGAUGAUGUCUUUACACUGGACAAGUGUGGAGGGGACAAUGAGGAAGCCAUCAUUCCAGAACAACCAAUCAAAGCACAGUUAUACAGGAUAGGAACUGUUAACCCAGACUUCAGAAUGGUUUCAGUCCAUGAAGGAACCCAGUAUGAUAUUUAUUUACCAUCAGGCAGUGAACUGAUGAUUAAGACAAGUCAGAAUGGAUACUUGAGUGUUUGGUUUUAUCCUUCUUUGAUGGACAUGGACAUGACAAUGGGCUUAUGUGGUACAUAUGACAACAAUGCUACCAAUGAUUUCAUGAUGAUGAAUGGUAACUUUAGCCAAGCUAAUGGUAGAUAUGUAGAUGACUUUGUUACUUCUUGGAGAGUUCCAACAGAAGAUUCUAUUUAUCUUGGUAAAUGUCCGGACAUGCCUGCUGUGUCUAUGGCAACAGACAUGGACGUAUGUGAUUGUUCUAGUACAACUGCAGAUUGUGGUUACUAUGGGGAAGUGAGGACUUGUGGGAUAGCUAAAGAUUUUAGUCGAGGUAUGGAUAAAACCGAUUAUUUGAAGACUAUGAGUAUGUUCCCACAGUACUGUGAUCCAGACUCUACCAUACCUAAACCAGGUGUCUUCAAAGAUUGUGACACAACUAUUGACAAGGCUGCGACUUGGCAAGGUGUGUGGACAGAAGACAUAGCCAUGUCAUACUGUAAGAAUCAGACCGAUCGUGUCAUCCAAGAAUGUGGAGGUGUGGUAGACUUCAUGACAGAGGACAUCGAUAACUGUGUACACAAUAUAAAGUGGCAUUACUGGGUGGCUUACUGUAAGAAUCAGACUGAUCAUGUCAUCAAAGAAUGUGGAGGUGUGGUAGACUUCAUGACAGAGGACAUCGAUAACUGUGUACACAAUAUAAAGUUUUCUGGAAUGUCAAUGUAUGGUUCUAUAAUAGACGAAGACUUAGAGCAGAGGUGUAGACACCAGUUACUAAAGAACAUGUCUGUAACAGUAACUGAUGUGUCGCUAUGUCCAUUCGAUUGUAGCAGUAAUGGUCAAUGUGAUGACGGUGUUUGUAAAUGUGAAGAGGGUUUUAUUGAUUUUGACUGCAGUGUGAACGCCAGUGUUCCUGCAAUGAUUACCUCCCUUGAUAAAGACCUCUUUAAUGAGUUGGAGGAGAAUGAUAAUAUGAUGAUCAAUGUUCUGGGUUAUAACUUUGUAAACAGUGACAUUUUCAAAGGUUAUAUAAGAGAAAUAAUGGUGGAAGAAUCUGGAUAUAAUGUAUCUUCAAUGUGGUCUGAAGUAGAGGUCAUGUUUGUCAGUAGUAGUAUGGUGACUUUAACAUUACCCACCAGAGGGAGCUAUGAGGUCACUGUCAGCAAUGUUAACAGUACAGAAAAUGUAGCUGAUCCCAUGGUCACAAUAAGUUACAACCCUGCUUGUUUCAACUGCAGCAUCAAUCCUGCUGGCUGUAAACUAAAGGAUAAUGUAUGCUAUAUAAAUGGUAAAUGUUACAAUGUAGGUGAUCGUAAGCCUGACAACCAUCUAGAAGGCUGUCUAUCUACUAACUCAUCAGUAUGGUCAGAUGUUAGCGGAAAAGAUCAGUGUUUUCCUUCAUCUAUCAUCAACUGGAGUAAGACCUCAUCAAGUGCUCUCCUCUUCCAUGACUCCAAACUACUCAAUGCUUCUACUAAUGACGAGUGCCAGAAUAUGUGCGAAACACAGGCUGAUUUUGUGUGUAGAUCUUAUGAUUAUAAUGGCGAUACAAUGGAAUGUUUAUUGUCGGAAUACAGUACAGUAAAUGCUGGAUCAUAUCAUGCUAAUCAGACCGUUAACUCUAAUUGGACCUUUGGUGAAUGGACCUGUGACAAUGAGGCCUGCCCAGGUCAAGAUGUUAAGUGGUCAAAGAUGGACAGUUACCAAGGAUAUUUCUCUAAUGACACACAUUUAGAUGUAUUGCAUGAUGUAUGGACAAUGAAAAGAUGUCAGCAACUAUGUGUAAGAAUGACCGGUUGUAUGGCCAUCAAGUUUGAUGCCAUGUCGGGAAUCUGUAUAUUAGCUGACGGAAAGCUGAAGAAAGUAACUACAGAUUCUGGAAUGUUUGGUUACUAUGCUGACUGGGAAUACAAUUAUUACACCUGUGUGGAAGGACAGGAGGCUGGACCAGAAAUCCCAGCUGCCACAGGUAUUAAAGUAGAACCCAUGUUUUAUGGACCUGGUAAUGAUAGUUUUAGAUGUAGAUUUGACGAGUUAACAAGUGACAUGGCCUUACUGUACAGUGUACUGUGGAAGGUUGAUGGAGAAUACCUGUCAAUCACAUCACCAGCAGUCAACUACACAGACUUCUAUUUAGACCAAGAACUAGCCAAUCAAAUGAAGGAUGGAUCAACAGUUGAAUGUGGAGUGAGUGUUUGCUUGGCAGUUAAUUGUGACAAUCAGAGAGGAAAGUUCAUGUCAUCAGAUAUGUACACAGCGACUAUCAAGAUAAAUGCUCCUGAUACCCUAGAUUUACCAGAGGGGGAGGACGCAGAAGAACUGAUGAUUGAAGUAACAGCCCCACCAUAUGUCUUAUGUAGGGACCAAGGACUCUCUAUCCCAAACAACUGUUCAUUCAAAAUAAAAACCAUACAGCCAUCAGUCAGUGAUGAAGUGAAAUGUCCAAGUGACAAUAUGAUAGAGCAAGUCACAUCACAGAUAGUAAAAAUGGACAACAAGGAACCAGUCUGUGAUGUCACAGUAACCAAUGAAAACUGGAGAGAUGCCAAGUACAUGCUGAAAUUGAAAGCAACUAUUGACAACAAAUUUGAUGAUGACCAUGAGAGAGAUUUACAAGUUUUUGUAGAUUAUAUGGUGAAUGAGGCAGUUGAAAUGGGCAAUGUCACCAAAAAAUCUAUGAAAUUGAAUGUUAUUGACAGAGACAGAAGAGCUUUGUGUAUAUCAGUCAACGAUCCACAUAUAACAACUUUCGAUGGAGUAUUCUUCAACAAUUACCGUACAGGAGAGUUUGUUUUAUACAAACAUAAAAAGCUACCCUAUUCAGUUCAUGCAUUGUAUCGUCAAUGUACCGGAGGGGCUUCCUGUAAUUGCGCUGUAGCAGUAAAAAUCUUUGACGAUGUUCUCCUAGUAGAUAAAUGUGGACCCCAGGAUGUAACAACUAAAUCAACUUAUCCAAUCAGAGUCAAGCUUUUCAGAAAUGGUGACCUUCACCCUGGAUUUAAGAUUUACAGAUACUAUGAAGGUCGUACAAUCAAGGCUGUAUUUCCUACUGGUACAACUGUUACCAUUAUGAGAAGUGCUGUUCCAAGUUAUAAUUUACUCAAUGUAUGGAUCAAGGCCUCAGCUGCUGAUUAUGGACAGACUGAAGGUUUAUGUGGAAGUUUUAAUGAGAAUCAAAUGGAUGAUAUAAUGUCCCCUGAUGGUACAAUUAGUGAAAUAAUAAACACCAGAGCAGACAUUUUCUCUUUGAGUUGGAGGGUUGAUACAUCUAAAUCCCUGUACACAGGAGAAUGUCCAUCUGACACAGCUGAGGAUUUGACACCAGAAUCUUACUGUUUCUGUAAAGAAUCUCAGACUUGUGGGGAACAGUUAGACAGAGUUGUCUGCCCCUUUGAAACAGAUGGUGGUAUUGACAUUACCAGUCAGUUAGUCAGCAAGUCAUUGUUUCCUACCAAGUGUACUGCAGAUGUAGGACAGUUCCAGUUCCCUCCCUUUGAAUACGAUGCUACUUUUAAUGAACCGAUACCAAAUUGGCCCUCAGAUGGUGGUUAUAGUGAAGUGCAAGCCAGAUACCAAUGUAAUGUUAUAACACUUACAGGCACGUUCAGCCUUAUGAAGAAUACUCCAGGUGUUAAUUGGGCAAGAGCUUUUGAAAAUUGUGUAGAGGACAUUCAGAUUACAGAUUCAUCUUUAUGGACACAAACUGUAAUAGAAAAUAUGAAACAGCAAGCCCAGAUACUUCUCCCGUUUAACAUGAGUACAUGGACUAAUGGUACCGGUCCUAAUCCUGGUCCACCCGAUGAGAUCUUAGGCCAAUUAUGUCUGGCUGAAUGUGGCAAUGCUGGGACUUGUGACAAAGGCAGUUGUAAUUGUAACACUGGACGUCUUGGAUUGGAUUGUAAUGUUAAGGAAGGAGAAAAACCAGAGAUCUUAUUUGUUGAUGGUGAUGGUUUGUGUGACCUUAGGACCAGUACUUGUGAAGAUGUGGUCCUAUUUACAAAACAAACACUAGAUGUGGAAUCACUUAGUUGUUACUUUACUACACUUGAGCAAUCUGGAGUAACAUUUGAGCCUGCUGGUAGUUCUGUCAGGGUGAAUGCUACAUUUAUAACAUACAAUGAGCUGGAAUGUACCCCACCAUCAAGGGGAAGUUACCAGGUCCAAAUCAGUAACAAUAAUACCGGAGCAAUCUUAAGUGACGUUUCCAACUAUCUUGUAUAUGAUUCUCUUUGCUACACAUGUGAUGUAUCAGCACUUACAUGCACAGAAAAGACAACAGCUUGUCUGAUUGACAAUAUAUGUUAUGAGCCAGGAGAGUUCAACCCUAAUGACAUACAUCAGUAUUGUGAUCCAACAGUUAACUACACACAGUGGCAGGAAGCUAAAGAUUCUUGUGGCAUACUGGACAUUGCAUGGUAUACACAACAAAACAAAGCUGUGAUGGGAGAACACAUACUCGAACUUAUGAGUGACAAUGACAUCACUAACUGUCAGGAUGCUUGUAUGGCCCAGAGAGAGGCUCCUAUGUGUGAUGGAUACGACCUUGACAAGGUUACACAGAACUGUUCUUUAUUUAAUGGUGAUGAUUUCUCAGCUUCUGCAGAACUCAUAGACAAUACUAACUCUGUCCACUCUGAAUGGCUAUGUGUAAACGAUCCAUGUGGCAAGCGAGGACUUACCUGGACAAGGUAUUCGGGAUUCUCUCUACUAGAACAUAACGACAAGGAGAUCUCCAGCGUGACCUAUAACACACAGUGCCGCAGGCUGUGUUUACAAGAAACACACUUUAUCUGUAAAUCGUAUGAGUUUAUACCAGCCCUGGGUAUUUGUUACCUGUCUAAGUCUGUAGCAGCUGAUUAUAAAGACAAGUUUGUGUCAUAUCCUGGGUUUAUUUAUGAAGACUGGACUUGUGAUAAAGUUGGAGACUACCCAGUCAUACCUAAGAAUCCAGAAGUUGAAGUAAGCAGUCUACCUGCCGAUGGAAACUUGACAUUGUCUUGUGAAUUCUCUACCAUCCAGAAUACCAAUGACAGUAUAGAGUAUCAUGUUUACUGGGUCAAGGACUCUGUUGUCAUAGCAACUGAAAUACACAAUGAAAUGACAGAAGAAAUCAAAGUAUUCCUCGAUAGGAAGCAUGUUGUUGAUUUGACAUUUGGUACAAAGUUACACUGUGGAGUUAUAUCAUGCAUACAAGAUAGAUGUAAUACAACAACCGGAGCCUUCAGACAAAGUAAUGAGAUCGUAGCUGAUGUUAAGAUAACUUCUGAUAAGAUGAUUACUGUAGAAGAAGGAAACAGCAGUGUAGCAGUCAAAUUCCAACCCAUGGCGCCACCUAGCUUUUUCUGCAGUAUCAAUGACAACAAGGACAAAUGUAACAUCAAAUUAUCUGUUUCUACAGUCACUAACCGGUAUGGAGAUUUCUGUGUCAGUGGAAAAUCUUCACAGUUAGUGAUCAAACCAGAAACUGACAAAAAGUCAUGUGACAUUAUGAUAACCAAUGAGAAUUGGAAAGAAGAAUUUGAAGUUCCUGUUAAAGCUAAGAUUGAUAACUUAAUGGAUGGAGACCAGAUGAGAAAAGUGGAAUUUUCUGGAAAAGUUAAAUCUGAUUUUGUUGAUUCAGAUGAACAUUCAUUCUUUACUGUAGAGGUAACUGUGAAAGAUAAAGACUUGGUUUCAUUCUGUGAAUCUGUUACAGUGGGACACAUCACAACUUUUGAUGGAACACGAUUUGACCACUUUUUGGAAGGAGAAUUUACACUGUACAAACAUACUUCUAAACCUUAUGAGGUACAAGCAUACUACAGAAGUGUUGGUGGUAAAGGAUCCAGAGUUUGUGCUGUAGCUAUCAGAUCUGGUGCUGGGGUUGCUGUCAUUGACGUCUGUGGCCCUAAAAAAGAGCCAGAAAAUAAGUGGCCACUACUUGUUAAGAUUUAUGAAAAGAAAAUGGAGAAAGGAACAGAUAUUUAUCGGGCAGUUGAUGGAAAGAUGUUCAAGGUUAUGUUACCAACUGGAACUAUCAUCACAGUUCUCGUAGAAACAGAAAUCAAAUCACCAUAUUUAAAUGUUUGGGUUCAGGGGUCAGUAGAUGACCUUGACAAUACUAAAGGUUUAUGUGGAAUGUUUGAUGGUAUGAAGGGCAAUGAUCUACAGAAAUCAGAUGGAGAAUUAUACAAUGUACCAGGAUUGGUUAAAACGGCUCUCUCACUUUCUUGGAGAGUGAAGAGAAACGAGAGCCUUUUGACGGGAUAUUGUUCCUCCAUGAAAUCCCCAGAACUAAUGACCUACUGUAGCUGUCCACAGAAAAUGGCGGGAGAAUGUGACGUGGACCAAAUCAAAGGAAUGUGUUCUGUUAUUGGGGAUCAAUAUGAUGCUGUGACUGAUACUCUAGGUCAAAGGUCAUCAGAACCAAAGCACUGUGAUGAUGAAACUGGACCAUAUGAAUUUGAUUCUGAAUACAAAUCUCAGGGUUUUGAUUGGCCGACACCAUCUAACAUUACUUUAGAUGAUGCACAAACAGCCUGUAUUGAAGCUGUUAUCAACGGUACAGAGGGACAGCUAUGUAAAGACAUACCUAAUACACUGCUGGAACAAAUCAAACAGACAUGUAUAGACGAUAUUCAGAUGAUGGACAAUUUAGAAGCAGCUAUGUUGUCCUUAGCAACCAUAAGACAACAUUGUGGAGAAGAAAUACAAAGGAGUGUAACAAUGUGGACAAGUUAUGAUGUAGUACACGAGUUAUGCUUCAAUCAAUGUGGAGAACAUGGAACAUGCAGACAUGAGAUGAUGAUAGCAACACCUGGUGGAGGGGAUAAUUACACAGACCUGUCCAUGUACAAACUGCAAGUCCCAGACAACAAGUUCCUUACAUUCAAAACUAAAACUUGUGAUAACAUGACUGUCAUCUUGUUGGGAGGAAAUAACACCAUGGUAACAAUAGGUGGGACCAAUGAAACAACAUACAUCAUAUCUAAAAAUGACGAGGUCAAGGCUAGUUUUAUGAUGGAGAACACCACAGAUUGUAAUGAGUACAAACAGUACUGGGUUCGAUGGGAUGAUCACAUGGUAGAGGUUGGAGAAGGUUCCCUAGGGAUCAAGGCUGGAGUUGUGAUGUGGAAAGAUCCUGAACCAAGUAUGGUGACUGGAUUAGCUGUCUUCAGUGGAGAUAACUCUGGAUCAUGGAUGUUCCCCACACCAGGUCAUUGUGAAUGUGAUGCAGAUUUUGGAGGAGCAGAUUGUUCAGUUAAUAUAACCAUGCCACCUAAAUUCUGGAGGUUACACAUGAAUGGUUUCUGUGAUAUAUCAGAGGAAUCCUGUAAAGAAAUAGUCGUUUAUGGAGAUGAUUUUUACAAAUCUGAUGACCUAGUUUGUGAACUCCAGAGAAUUGAACUGUCUAAUGAGGCCUACACUGUUGCCAUGGAAAACAAGACAAUGAUAAAAGCUGUGUUUAUCAGCUACAAUGAAGUUAUUUGUCCGACCCCACAAACAGGAAGUUACAUUGUCCGUGUAUCUAACGAUGGUAUGACCUUCACACCAGAGAGUAUCUUCACUGUGUUCGAUGAUGAAUGUCAUACUUGUAAAGAACCAGGCAAAUGUGAAUUCAAGGAAAAGACUUGUUUCAUUGACUGGAAAUGUUAUGAUGCAUCAGAGAGAAAUCCUGAGAACAGAACUCUGAUCUGUAGUCCAGUAGAGUCCUAUGAUAUGUGGAGUACUACAAAAGUCUAUCCAUUACUUGAGAAACUACCAGAGGUAGAGAUGAUGUAUAAUAAAACAACAGAGAUGGUUCAAUUCUCUUGUGAGUUUGAAGGUCCCUCUGAUAACACUACAGAAUUCUCCGUAGUUUGGAGAACCAAGAAAUAUGGAGGUGAAUGGAUGGAAAAUGAUGAUUUAUUCAAAAUGAAGAACAUUGAUUCAGGAAUGCUGAAAAAUUUCACCUACGGUUCCAUGAUACAAUGUGGCCUUUAUCUAUGCUACAGUGAUGAUUGUGGGAAUACGACAUCUCCAUUGAACCCUAGCAACAGUAUCCAAGCAGUUGUAAAGGUGAAAGAAACCAGUCUUGAACUGGUUGAAGGAGGAGAAAAGGAAGAACUACAUAUAACAUUUAGUUUCCCGCCCAAUAUGUUCUGUAUGUCUGACAACUGUCACAUCAGGGUCGAUAUCUCUGUCAGAAAUUCACAAAAUCUGACGUGUGGUGGAGAAAUGGUGCCUCAGAUAGUUAUCAAACAAGACAGUGCUAUGUCCAGUUGUGGUGUUAGUUUUACCAUGGACAAUUGGAUGAAGGAGAUGGAGUUACCAGUGUAUGCUGUGAUGGACUCGUUAAAGGAUGGUACACAGAUGGCCAUGAUUGAUGUAGAAUCAGAGGCUAUGGCAGGAGGCAUGAGUUAUAGUGAGGUCAUCAUGAAUGAGAAGGAGGUGGAGGUAACAAUAAUGGAUAGAUAUGCCAAAUGUGUUGCUGUCAAUUACCAUACACGAACAUUUGAUGGAAGGAGCUUUAACAAUCUGAACGAGGGAGAAUUUGUUCUAUACAAACAUAAUGAGCUACCAUAUGAGGUCCACAUAUUCAAUAGAAGAUGUAGUAAUGAUACGGAUGUGAUUUGUACAUGUGUGGUAGCCGUUAAGUCAGGUGAUGAUGUCAUACUGAUACAUAGAUGUGGCCCUGAAGAGGAGGAUAUACCAUACCUACAUACCAGGAUGUUCCUCAACGAUGAACUCACUCCAGGGACAAAGGUCUUAAGGUUCAAUGAGGGAUAUGAAUAUAGGGUUUAUCUACCAACUGGUUCCUAUGUUCUGGUCAGGAACGGAGUACACAGCACAUACAAAUACCUCUCAGUGGCCAUGUAUUCUUCACCAAUGGAUCAUAACCACACACAGGGAUUAUGUGGGAACUUUGACAACAAUAAAGACAAUGAUUUGAUGCUUGAAGAUGGGAGUAUGCUGGAAACUAAAUCUAUGUAUCCUCAAUCAUUCUCUACAAGUUGGAGAGUGGAUGAAGAUAACACAUUAUACAAUGGCUUCUGUGACUCAUCUGUCACCAGUAAAAAUGAUAGUAUGAUGUUAUGUGAUUGUUUCAAGAACUCUACAUGUACAGAGAAUGACCUCAUGUUUAGCUGUACUGAAGAAGGAGGAUAUGAUGAAACAGAAGGUCUUGUAACACAUGCACAAAAUCCUCCAGAAAAAUGUCUGACUAAACAACCACAGAUUCUGUUUAAAUAUGAUGUCAACUUUACAGCUGAGGUUGUAAGCUGGCCUACACCUUCUGGUAUGAAUGAGACAUACGUCAGAGAAUUAUGUCAGAACUAUAUAUUAUCAACCAUGGAAGGAAGCAUGUGCCGUGAAUUGGUGCCUUCUGUAUUUUACAUAUCAGUCGAGUCAUGUGUCACUGAUAUAGGAUUAACUGAUGAUGAAAGUUGGAAGAUGACUGCCUUAUUUAGUGUGAAGACACACUGCUACAUUAGAGCAAUCACAUAUACCAAAUACUGGGAGAUUUCUGGGGAUUAUAUGAUGCCUAAUUCAACGUUUACCAACAUGUUAUGUCCAAAUGGCUGUAAUGGUAAAGGAGCAUGCAAGAGUUAUGGUGAAUGUGAAUGUGUGAGUGGUUUCGGUGGUAUGGAUUGUUCUGUUGACAUCUCUAAACCCCCAGUUAUAGGUGAAGUGACCUAUGGACCUGUGUGUAAUACAGCAGACAGAGAUUGUUCUGUGGUUUACCUGUAUGGUAUGAACAUCCUAAGCAAUGUAGAUCUCACCUGUCAUAUAACAGAAGUACAGUCUGGUAGAGUCUACAUGGUUUCUGGAAGGUUCAUGACAUUUGAAUUAGUUGAAUGCAAACUUAAUGUAACAGUUAGUGUGACUAUUACACUGAGUAAUAACGGAGUAUUGAAGAGUAACGAGCUGAAGCGUUUUGUAUACGACUCCAAAUGUGAGAACUGUGAGUUAGCUGAUGAUGGCACAUUCAACUGCCAGACAAGGAAUGACAGCUGUGUAAUUGAUGGAGAUUGCUAUGAGAAUGGACAAGUUUUCCCUCAAGAUUCUACCCGAGUCUGUGAUGCUGUUCAGAACACAACGGUCUGGACAAAAAUACAAAGUACCAGUAUUUCUUGGAAACAAACAAACUUCAUAGAAAUAAUUGGAACAAUGUUAAUCACCACUAAUGUGAAUUUAACCUUGAUUGGUGCACCAAUAACUGUGGAUGGUUGGAAAGGUGGAUUAGCUGUGGAUCUGAAUGGCAAGGACCAGCUUAUGGACUCACCAGGUGACAAUAAUUGUCUUAGUGAACCUGACAACUGUUUAUUAGGAAUGACCUUUAAAAUAUCUCUGAAACUAUUUGAACUCAGAGAAAACAUGUACAUUUUAACAUCUGGUGGGGACCAACAAGGAGGCAGAGGAGUAUCUCUGUAUUAUUGGAAAAAGAGGUUAUAUUUGACCAUCUCAACUGUUGAUAAAGAAUGGACAGUGAAAACUAAAUUUACCAAGGUCAAUGAUUUCUUUGACCUUGAAUUUUCAUGGAGUAUUGAUGGUUUGGAACUCUUCAUUGAUGGAAUAAGUGUUGGAAAAAGAUUGAAGUAUAUAAAGAGGAAGAUUAAAGGCUACAAGAAAUAUAAAUAUAGAUUUGGUGGACCACUGCUUGGGUUUGGUGGAUUCUAUGCUAGAUGUACUGUUGGAACUUGGCAGACUUGGACAGCCACAAUUAACAUUAAAAAUGCUGUUGGUGUCCUCUCAGAGGUACCAGAACUUACCUCACAACCACGACUUGAAGUGGAUUACGAUAAAGCUAAUGGAACUUCUACAUUUAGCUGUAAAUAUGACAAAUUACCCCGUGGGGAUGUGAAAUACAUCAUAGAUUGGAUGGUGGAUGACGUUAGUGUUAAAUCUGAAACAACAACUGGAGAUGGAAGUCACCUUGAAGAAGAUUUGUAUGGAGUUGGUGGAUAUGGGGUCAAGACAAAAUGUACAGUGACUCCAUGUUUUGCAUAUGACUGUGCUAACACUAGAGGACCUUCUAGGAAAAGUAACAUAUUGAUAGCAGAAGUGAAGGUUAUGACAGAAAUUAUAAACAUCAGAGAAGGUGGACAGGCAGGCCAGGUCAAAAUCAAGGCCAUGGUUCCUCCGUCACUGUUCUGUGCUCCUGAAGAUAGGGGAGUUAACAGUACAUGUUAUGUCAAGGUCACUACACGAUUCCAGGAAGUGGAGGAAUUAUGUACAAAUGGUAAUACACAUUGGCAGGCUGCUGUCAUGUAUAGUAAUGUAAAUGUCGGGGAUACUGCUUUCUGUGGAGGAAUGAUCACUGUUGAUAUGUGGGAAGAUGAACUUUCUGUACCUGUCAUGGCCACAACAGAUUUAGUUUACGAUGGAGAUGUUUCUCGACAUUUAGAUGUUGGAAUUUCUACUUUCUGUGGAACUACAGUCACCUAUAAUUACACAUACAGUAGUGUCAAGGUGAACAUUGAAGAUGGAGAUAAGAAUGCUAUCUGUAGAUCUGUCAACGAUCCUCACAUGAAAUCAUUUGAUAAAUGGAAGUACAAUAACUUUUUGGAAGGAGAAUUUAUAUUUUACAAACACAAAGUUCUUCCUUAUGAGGUGAGAACAUUUUACAGAAACUGUAAUGGUAAGGCCUCAUGUAAUUGUGCAGCAGCUAUUCGUGUCGGAGAUGAUGUCAUUGUAUUUGAUAAGUGUGGAGCAUCAGCAACCUCUAAAAAAGAUACACCAAUAGACAUCAGAAUCAUCCUGAACGGAGAACUUACACCAGGAACUAGAAUAUUUAGACAUGGCGGAGGCAAAAAAUACAAGGUCCAUCUUCCUCAUGGUGCUGUUGUUAUAAUCACACAAGGGAAAGGAAAAACACCAGAAUUCAUCCAUAUGGUCAAGAUUAAAGCCUCACCAGCUGAUGCCAAUAAUGUGGAAGGUCUUUGUGGUAAUUUUGACGGAGACAAGGACAACGACAUGACAAUGUCUGAUGGAACUCUGUACACAGGAAAAACUAAACAGCCGAUUGAAUUCUCUAGAAGUUGGAGAGUACAUGAAAUGGGAAUGGAUUCUCUGUUUGAUGGUUAUUGCCCAGAUGACGUGGAGGAAGAAUCCACAACGACUUACUGUCAAUGUCAGACAGGAAUGGGAGACAACUGUGGUCCAUUUAAUUAUUACACUGACUGUUCUCCCCCAUUGAAAAACAAGAAAGGAAAGAGGAGAGGGAAGGAUAUGACAGCCGAGUUGCUCACCAACAAUGUAUAUAAAGCCACCAAGUGUUAUCUACAGGAAAUUAGAAUUACAUUUGAAUUUAACAUUCAAUGGGUACAGGCUGAAGUUUCCUGGCCUACACCUAAUGGUAUAACUGCUCAGUCAGCUAGAGCACUCUGUGUAGAUAUGAUAACAGGCAGUAGGUUUGACAGCUGUGCCGCCCUACCUGGUAUAGAUGUUGAUGAAGAUGUAGAGGGAUGUAUGGAAGAUAUUCAGGUAAGCAUUAGAUUAUUGUGUAGAGAUGAUAACAGGCAGUAUGUUGAUGAAGAUGUAGAGGGAUGUAUGGAAGAUAUUCAGUUGACAGAUAAUAUGGAUUGGAAGCAGGAAUUAGUCCAGACAGUCGAUGAACAAUGUUCUCUACAGCUGUCAUAUAAUAUCAGUUUAUAUAUACAAAUCAAUGGAGUGUUUGAACUACCAGAAUUAUUUGAACAACUUUGCCCUGGUGAUUGUUCAGGAAAUGGAGUUUGUGAUCAAGGUGUAUGUGUAUGUAAUGCUGGUUUCCAAGGUGAUGAGUGUGAUAUAUCUGUGACUGACAAACCUAAUUUAUACUUCCUGUCUACCACAUUGUGUGACAUCCAGGCAGAAUCGUGUGAGAAUGUCAUUGUCAAGGGUAUUAACUUCGUGGACUUGGAUACACUCACAUGUCACUUCAGAAAAACAUCAGAUGGAACAACAAACAGUUCUUUAGCAUUGUUUGUGAAUAAGAAUUCCGUUGUCUGUGGACUCCCAGGCCUGGGUAAAUACCAGCUAUCAGUCAGUAAUGAUGGUAUAAAUGUAGACAAUUCACUCCUGUUCAUCAAGUAUGAUUCACUAUGUAAUGUCUGUGGGGAAAAUGGCUGUACUGUCAGGACUGAUGUGUGUGUAGUGAAUGAUGUUUGUUAUGCAGCAGGAUUUGUAGACCCAAACAAUGCCAGCUCUGUGUGUAUUCCAGGAACUUCUAAGAUAUCAUGGUCUAUCAUCUCAAGCACUGAUAUUAUAGUGAGAAGGUAUACAUUUAUACAAAUUAUCCUCAACAUUUUGAUCACAAGGACCUACAACUUUACUCUUACUGGUACCCCUAGGUUAGUAGAAGGACCAACAGGAGGUCAAGCAUUGGAACUCAAUGGAAUAGGUGAUUUUGUUGACCUCGGUGAUCAGACCAAUGACUGUAUAUUCAAUUUAGAAAAAUGUAAAUAUGGUCUGUCUGUCAAAUUUAACUUGAAGUUGUUAGAAUUAAAGGAAAAGAUGUACAUUUUCUCCAGUGGAGGUGAUGAAAGUGGCAAAUAUGGACUCUCCAUGUGGUAUUCCAGAAAGAGGCUCUACCUUACUGUUAGCACUAAAACAAAGAUUUGGACUGUUUAUGUACCAUUCAAGAAAUACCUGAAUACAUUUGUCAAUAUAGAGUUCUCAUGGAGUGUUCAAGGAGGAUUAUCCUUGUACUUUGAUGGAUUCAGGGUAGCCCAAACCAGAGAGUACUUUAGAAGGAUAACCGCGACACUGUUGGGGAAAUUUUACUUGGGAAGACCUAUUGGUGUUGGUGUGUAUUGUUGGAUGGUUAUAGAUGGAUGGGAUAUAGCUGAAGGUACCAAAGAUAUAGUUAAAGACCUGGAUGUUACAGUUGAAUCACCAGAAAUUAAAGAAAGACCAGUGAUGACUAUAGAAGAGAAUACCAAUGGCACAGCUAAUGUCUUCAGAUGUAAAUUUGAGAAGUUAGAAGAAGAAGGAUUAGUAUACAAAGUGCUUUGGUCAAUCAAUGAUAAUUCCUUAAAACAGAUGUACCUCCCUGAAGAUGUUUACAUGCAUGAAUUGGAAGAGGAUGACAUUCAAAAAUUAGAAUUUAAAGAUGAGUUGUCAUGUUCAAUAAUGGCCUGCAGAGCUAACCAGGAUUGUUCCCCUUGGAGAAGGAGUAAUGUCAUUACAGCAGAUAUAAAGCUGAAGACAACUGAGUUGACUGUUUAUGAAGGAAUGAUACCCGGUCACGUAGAAAUCACGGCUACAGUUCCACCCUAUAUGUUCUGUCUCCCUGAUGAUAGGAAAAAAUACUGUGAUGUCCUAAUCACCACAAAACUACUACGAGCAAACAAGGAAAAGAAAUGUCCCAAAACCAAAGUUGAGAUAGUCCAGGCUGUGUUUGGUGUGUGGGAUGCAAGUGAAGACUCUAAACAUCCCUGUGAAUAUAGAAUAACCAAAGAUAAUUGGAGAGAUGUUGUUAUGAUACCUGUUAAAGCGUCCAUAGAUUCCUUAAAGGAUAAAAACCAGAAGAGAGAUAUUGAAGUCACCCUGUUUAUCUAUAGAUCUGGAAUAGCAGCAUUCACAUCUAAACUGGGAAUUGUUGAGCUUGAAGUAAAAGAUCGAGAUAAGACAGCCACAUGCAAGUCAAUAAACGACCCUCACAUGACUACAUUUGAUAAACUGAAAUACAAUAACUUCUACGAGGGAGAAUUUGUUCUGUACAGACAUAAGACUUUGCCAUAUGCUGUCCAUGUAUUCUACUUAAAUUGUAACGGAAAAGCUUCAUGUAAUUGUGCUGUAGCUGUCCAGUCUGGUGAUGAUGUCAUCUUAAUUGACAUGUGUGAACAAGCUAAAAACAAAGAGUAUACUAAAAAGGGGAAGAAGAAAUCAAAGAAGCUUGACGUAAAAAUGUUCCUAAAUGGAGAGCUUACUGAAGGAACUAUUGUGGAGAGAAUAGGGGGAGGCAAAACUUAUAAGAUUUACCUUCCAACUGGAGCUUAUAUAAAGGUGAAAAAAGGAAAGAAGAGAACAAGUCAGUUUAUAAAUGUACAAAUGAAAGCCUCCUCAUCAGAUUUUGGAAUGACUGAAGGUUUAUGUGGUGUAUUUGACGAUGAUAAAACUAAUGACCUAACACUAAGAAGUGGAGAGAUCUAUGGUAGCAAUGAGAAAGAACCUAAAGGGUUCUCUAGAGAUUGGAGAGUACCAGCAUCAGAAAGUUUAUUCAAUGGUUUCUGUCCAACCAAGGCUAAGACAGUAGAUAUUGGUAUGUACUGUAACUGUAUGGAAGAUGAAACUAACGAGUGUGCUGUAGGAAUGGACUAUCAGGAAUGUAAAGAAAUUGAAAAGAGGAAAAAGAAAUCUUACAAGAAGAAAGGAAGGAAGGAUGUAACAGCCAAGCUGAUUGAGAAGGCGGAGUCACCAGUGGCAAGGUGUAUUUCUACGGCAAAUAUCAUUAAUUUUGAGUUUGAUAUUAACUAUGAACAAGGGGAACUGUCAUGGCCUACACAAACUGGUAUAACUUUAACAAUGGCCAGAAAGAUUUGUGUAGAGUAUAUACAGGCCAGACCUGUUGCCCAGAGGUGUAUAGCCUUACCUGGUAUGGAUGAAAUAUUUGAACUGACAGUAGAGAGCUGUAUAGAAGAUAUACAAAUUACUGAUGAUAUUACCUGGACGUUUGAAGCUGUUGAGGAUGUAGAGGACACCGGACUGGUUAUUAUAGAGAUAGAUAUAGAUUUCUGGAUAACAGUUGGUGAUGAUGUUAUACCAGAUCCUCAGAUUGCAGAUAACAUCUGUCCAAAUGAAUGUUCCAAUCAUGGAACAUGUAAAGAAAAUGAAUGUACCUGUUCUGGUAUAUGGAUCGGUGACGACUGCUCUAUUGACAGUACUAUACCACCAGAGGUCACUUACAUCAGUUCACAGAACCCAUGUGAUCACAAUGUGAAGAAAUACAAAUGUUUAGAGCCAGUAAUUGUUGGUGCAAACUUUGCUGACACGGACAACCUCACCUGCCACUAUGAAGUUUUAUAUAACAAUUUGACAAGUACUGGAGAGAUGGGAACAGUUCUGGCUGAGUACAUCAAUGAAGAUAGUGUUAGCUGUGCUCUACCUAGAAUCGCUAUCUAUAACAUCACGGUCAGCAAUAAUGGUAUUGAGUAUAGUGACUGGGUCACUCAUCUGGUUUACAAUGGGUAUUGUGAUACCUGUACAGAAGAUGAUGGCUGCAUGUUAAGGAAUGAUAUCUGCUAUAUUAAUGAGGUGUGUUAUGAGAAUGGAUUCAUAUUACCAGCUGACCCAAGAGUGGGAUGUAGAAUUGCUAUAUCUGUUACAGAUUGGACAGUUAUCCAAGUGAAUUCUGUUAGACAGUACAGAUUAUUCUUCAUAAGAAUGGAGGGGUCAUCUUUGAUUGUGCCUUCAGGUUCAAUAGCCACUUUUGGUAGCAUGUCACUGGAUCUUAAUGUGAACAAUAAGUUAUCAUUAAGUUUUAAUGGAGUCAAUCAGUAUUUAAAGGUCGUUGAUAAUUCAGGAGGAUGUCUCUACGACCCUGAACAGUGCUUUCUGGGAAUAACCUUAUCAUUUACCAUUAAGUUCCGAUCAUUAAAAGAAAACACAUAUUACUAUACUAAUUGUGGAGAUCAAUCAGAUUCUGCUGGAUAUGCUAUCUACUAUAAAAAUGAAAGAUUGUACUUCAAGGUCAGCACAAGGACAAGAGAAUGGACAGUAUUUGUUUCUGAUUUAAAGACUGAUAAAUAUUAUGACAUCCAAAUGUCAUGGAGUGUUCAGUUUGGUUUAAAUAUUUACAUCAAUCUUAACAAAGUGGGAGAAACCACUGAUUAUCUUCUAAGAAAUGUAGAAACUCCAACCAAAUGUGAUUUGUAUCUUGGACGUCCAAAUGGAAACGGAGAGUAUGCCGACAUAGUUAUGGAAUACUGGCAUAUUUUGUUAGCUUCCAGGGAAGUUCUCAUAUCUAUAGGAUUUGUAAUUGGUUAUCCGUCAGUUAAGAAUCCUCCAGUUUUAAAACCAGAACUAGAUAGAUAUGGUGAAUCGAAAUUUACUUGUGACUUUGAUCGAGUGACUGGUUAUGAUGUCAAAUAUUCUGUCAAGUUUUAUCUCAACGAAGACGUACUUAGAGAGGUUACAAUAACAAGAGAUAAUGACUUUGCCAUUUUGGAUGAAAAUGAUUUCCAUGAGCAGUUGUAUGGCGCUGCUAUAUCUUGUACAGUACAAGUAUGCUAUGCUGAUAGCUGUGAUCAGAGUAAAGGUGAAGUGAAAGUCAGUAAUACUGUUUAUGUAGCAUUCAAGUUUUCUCAAGAAGGAAGUAUUGUUCUUCAUGAAGGUCAGCCACCUACAGAGCUUACUCUUCAAAGCUAUAUCCCACCAAGGUUAUUCUGUACGAGAGGCGCUAGGGACUAUUGUAAAGUAGAACUGAAAGCUUCCAUCAGACCAGCUAAGGAACUCCAAUGUUCAGACGGAACAGAUUUAUCCCAAGUUGUGUUUUUCCAAACCGGUGAAUCUGCUGCCGAUACCUGUGGCACUGAAGUUUCUACAACAGAAUGGAAAAAUGAGUUUAAACUGUUCAUGAAAGCCAGAAUAGAUGGUAUUAAUGAUGGAGAUAAGAAGAGGUCACUACAGUUGGAGGCUGUUGUAAAUUCAGGAGGUGAUAUUGUCAAAUAUGACAUUGGACGUAUAGAACUGGACAUUAAAGACAGAGAUAAACGGGUCCGUUGCAGGUCAAAAGGUCAUCCACAUAUAAAAACAUUUGACAAGAAAAAGUACCAUAACUACCUAGAAGGAGAGUUCAUAUUUUACCGUACUAAAUCAAAUCUGUAUGAGGUGAGAACUUUCCAGAGGAAAUGCAGAGCUAAUUCAAGAAACGCCUGCAAUUGUGCCGUGGCCAUCAGGGCUGAGGACGAUGUCAUACUAUUCGAUGUAUGCGGUGCUGAUUAUGACUUUACUACCACUGUAAGAUCGCUAACCAAGAAAAUCUACAAAAAUGGAGAUCUGACAGCUGGUUUUACUGUAGAAGAAGAAAAGAAAGGAAAGAUAUUCACUAUUACCCUGCCCAAUGGAGCAUCAGUGAAAAUUGAAAAGAGAAAGAAAUAUCUACAAGUUUGGGUUACAGCUGGACCUGUUGAUUUUGAAAAUGUUGAAGGUUUAUGUGGUAAUUUUGAUGAUGAUAAGGACAAUGAUUAUAUGAAACCAGAUGGCACCUUCUUGGAUUCCAGUAACAAGUAUCCAAAUGACUUCAGUGAAAGUUGGAGAGUACCAACGACUGAGACUAUAUAUAAUGGUUUCUGUGGCAACAUCGAUGCACCAACUGACAUAGGCGUGUACUGUGAAUGUAACUCUGGACAGGAUCCUGUAUGUUCAAAUAACCGUGAUAUUACUGCGUGUGCAAAAAUCAGCAAGAAAAAAGCUGUAGAUAUCACCAAUGAGUUGCCCAUGGAAGAACCAGUGAAGUGUAGUACAACUGUAGAACAGAUAUUCUUUGUCUUUGAUAUCAAGUUUAUUUUUACUAUAGCUGAUCUACCUCCAUGGCCGGUAAAUAGUAUUACUGAAAUCAAUGCACGUGACAAAUGUACAACUGAUAUUAAAUUGUCAGUAGUAGGCGUGGCCUGUUUAGGUUUUGGUAUCACCAUCGACUUUGACGACAUUAUUGAAGAUUGUGUUCUUGAUGUGCAGUUAAAUGGAGAUUAUGAUUUUAUUGUAUCAUCCAUUAGUGAACUGAGAGUAACAUGUAUGUUCUCAAUAGAAACCAACAUUACACUGUUGUUACCAGAGGGAACAGAUGAAAUAGAAAUACCAGAAUUUAUUGACAACAUCUGUGUUGAUGAUUGUAAUGAGCACGGAACCUGUGUUGAAAGUGUUUGUCAAUGUUAUGCCAACUUUACAGGAACAACAUGUGACACCCUGUUAACAGACCCACCUAUCCUCAAUGCUAUAUUUGGGGGAGUGGCUUGUGAUGUGGACACCAAUGAAUAUAACUGUACACUGUUUAUUGUUCAGGGCGUCAGAUUCAUUGAUAAUGAUUCACUCACAUGUCAUUUUGAAUUAGAAAAUGGGGUAAAAGUAACUUCUGUUGGAGACUUUAAGUCAACAGAGGAGGUGUGGUGUUUCUUCAUUGGAGAUCUUGGUCAACACAAACUGACUAUUAGUAAUGAUGGACUAACGGAGAGUAACCAGUUGACAUUUAUUGUAUACACAUCAGCAUGUAAAGAUUGUACUGACUUAGUUUGUGUAGAUAGGACUGAUAUAUGUACAAUUGCUGGAGUAUGCUAUGAACUUGGUGCACUUAACAUGCUGAAUACUGAACAGUUCUGUAACACCACUACCUCUAGGACAACAUGGAGUACACUCAUAGUGUCAGAUAUAACUCCAACUCGCUACAAUUUUGUGAGAAUUACUGGUACCACACUUGUAAUCAAGAUUAGUAUAAGUAUAGAAAUAAACAUUAACUUGAUAGGGACACCAGUUCUGAUAGACAUUCCGUCUGGUGAGAAAGGUGUAGUAUUGAAUGGUAUUGACCAAGCACUGGACUUUGGAGAUCUCAGUAACACAUGUUUAGGAGACAUAGAAAAAUGUUCUACUGGCCUUACCAUAACCUUCAAUCUCAAAUUGAGAGAGAGGAAAGAUAACUGUUAUAUCAUGUCUACUGGCGGUGAAGAUAAAGAUAGCUAUGGACUUGCCAUGUGGUACUCCAAGAAGGGUAAAUUAUACACUCGUGUCAGUACCUCUAAAUAUGAAUGGACUGUGUACACAAAAGAUGUGGAAAUAGAUGAGUAUUUCAAUGUCAAGUUAGCAUGGAGUCGCAGUGAAGGAUUGGCAUUUUAUAAAAACAAUAAAAGGAUGAAGAAAUCUAAGAAACGCCAAAAGAGGAAAGGUUCAAAACAUCUAAAGAAGAAAUGUUACUUUGGUAGAUCAACUGAGACUGUACCUCACUUUUGUAAGAUGGAAAUCGAUGGCUUCACUGAAAUACCAGCAUCAGAACAAGUCGUAGAUAUUAUCGACGUUCCUCUUGAAUUGCCAACAAUGGAAAAGGACCCCGUCCUGAAGGUUAUAUCAUCAAAUGACACGUUUGACCUUCGAUGUACCUUUGUACCUUUGACCACACCUUAUGUCAACUAUAGAUAUACAGUCAGAUGGUAUUUGGGAGAUACAGUAAAAUCUACAUUUGUUAUGGAAAAUGAUUCCUUUGUCAGUGAAAUAAACAAGGCGGAUCUUGGUAUGGCUGUCUAUGGAGAUGAGGUCCGUUGUGCUGUGUCAGCCUGUUACUAUGACAACUGCGACAAUACUGCUGGUCCAGACAGAAUGAGUAAUGAAUUUAAACUACAUGUUAAGAUAUUGACAGAAGAAAUUAAAUUGUAUGAAGGAUUUGCUGGAGAAUGUAUAAACGUAAAACCCAUGGUACCUCCAAGUACCUUCUGUGAUAAUGGUACAUGUCGCUAUCGUAUAGAUUAUGGGUUUGAAGAUCGGGAGAAGUACACAGAGAGUACCUGUGCUGAUGAAAGCAUUGUACCACAAGCAGUGUUUUUGACAGAAUCCAUUCAGAAUACUCCAUGUCAUGUUGUCAUUAGUGAAGUCGAUUGGGAAAAAGAAACAUGUGUUUAUAUAAGAGCUGUAGCAGAUGGACUUAAAGACAAGAACAAGAAAUUACAUGUCAGACUUACAAUCUCUGUAGAAAUUGUGACGACAAUAGUUACUCAGAUAUCUCAGACCUCCUAUCCCACAGUCGAGGUUGAAAUCAUUGACCAAGACAAGACUGCAGUUUGUGAAUCUUCAGGAGAUCCACAUAUAACAACGUAUGAUGGAAGGACUUAUGACAAUAUGUUAGAAGGAGAAUUUGUUAUGUACAAACACAAAACAUUGCCAUACGAGGUAAGAGCCCUCCUGCGAGCCUGUAAUGAACCAGUACAAGCCUCAUGUAAUUGUGGUGCAUUAAUCAGGAUUGGGGAUGAUGUUAUAGUCUUUGAUAAAUGUGGAGCUAAGAAGUCGAAGAAGAAUAAGAAGAAACCUCUUAAACCCAAACUGUAUCUAAAUGGAGAAUUAACCCCAGGAACCAGUAUAAUCAAAUACAAAGGUGGAAAGAAUUAUAAGGUUGUGUUUCCAAGUGGUACAUAUGUGAGAUUAGAAUCGCAUAAGAAUGGACGAUUCAUGAACAUAUAUGUGAGAGCAUCUUCAUCAGAUCUGGGAAAAACAGAAGGUUUGUGUGGUUUCUUUGAUGGUGAUGACGCCAAUGAUUUGAUGAAACCUAAUAACACAUUAUAUGGAGGCAAAUCAAGAGAAGUGGAUGAAUUCUCCUCCAGUUGGAGAAUCGAUGAAUUGGGUGUUGACUCCAUGUACUCUGGAUACUGUCCACAAGUAGUGAUUGAGAAACAAACCAUCCUUCCCCCUUACUGUAACUGUGGUGCCUCAACCUCAACAUGCUACACCAACAUAGAUGAUCUCGGCUGUGCACGAUAUAAAAAAGACAAGAAAGACAAAGGAAAAUAUUGGAAAAAGGCCAAAGAUGUGACAGAAUAUUUGGUAUCCAAGGCGAUAUCUCCACCAUCUGGUUGCAUAGCAACACAAAUAGAAGUGUUUGAGGCUAACAUUACAUACAUACCACCAGUAAGGACAUGGCCGACACCCAGUGGUCUUACAGCAAUAAAGGCAUUACAAGAAUGUAAAGCUGUGAUUGAAGCAGAUAUAUCCUUCGCUGGAUGUAAAGGUGUAGCAGCUAUUAACCUAGUAGCUGCUCUUGAUUCGUGUGUUAUAGAUUUACAGAUUACUGAUAACAUAGAAUGGUCAUUGGCUGCUUUAGAUACGGUGCUUACUAAAUGUCAGAUAGAAAUAGAGAUUAACAUUGAGCUGUGGGUAAAUGUGUCGGGAUCUUUGAUACCUAACCCAGCAAUCAUUGAUAACAUUUGUCCUGGAUCGUGUAGUGGUAACGGAAACUGUGUUGAAGGUGUGUGUGUCUGUACUGGUAACUUCGCUGGAGAAGAUUGUAGUGUUGACACCACUGCAGUAAUCGUACUGGAACCUUUAGAACAGGAAUUCUGUGAUAAAUACAGUAAUCUAUGUACAGAGAUAACGUUGAUUGGUGAUGGCUUCUUAGAAACAUCAGUUAUACAAUGUGCUAUAACAAGACAACAGAAAUUAGCUGUAUUUGCUAACAUUGGCGAUGAAAUACUGAUCAAUGCUACAUUCAUCAGCCAGGAAGCAGUCACAUGUGAUUUACCAGACCCAGAUAUUUUCAAAAUUACAAUUAUCAACAAUAAUAUCAGAUCAGUAGACAGUCUGACCUAUGUGACAUACGACCCAUUCUGUUAUGAUUGUACAACUGCGGGAUGUACUGUCAAGCCUGAUGUAUGUCAGAUCGGUGAUAAUUGUUAUGGUAAAGGAUUCUUUGAUGUUGGUAAUGCAGGUCUAGGAUGUAUUCCGAAUACAGAUAAAACCACUUGGACAAUUAUUACUCAAAUUGACAUCACUGUACUAGAACUGACCUUUAUCGAGAUAACUGGAACAAUUUUGAAAACACCUAAUCUGGACAUAACUGUACAUGGAACUAUACUUCCAACUUUAACAGAAAUAAACAGCAUCAUGUAUUGUCCUUUAGAUGGCAUAUCACAAUAUCUUGACCUUGGCGAUAAAUCUAACAGCUGUUUAGGUAAUCCUUUAUUGUGUGGCUUUGGAAUGACCGUCCAGUUCAACCUAAAGAUAAUUCAGUUUGUGGAGAACAUGUACAUUUUUACCUCUGGUGGUGACCAACCUGACGGCUAUGGUGUGGCCAUGUACUACAAGCGUAGCGAGUUAUAUCUGACAGUUAGUACUAAAACAAUGGAAUGGACAGUGAAGACCAAGAUAAAUAUCAAUGUAGUGGUCAAUAUAGAGUUCUCAUGGAGUAUUCAGACUGGGUUAGCUCUAUUCUUUGAUGGAACAAUGGUAGCUGAAACCAAAACAUUCAUCACCAGAGAGGUGACGGUAUCUGUUUAUACAGCUACUUACAUUGGUGUGUCUAUAGACAUUACUAUAUUUGCACAGAUUGAAAUAGGAGAAUUGAAAAUAACAGAAGCCACAAGGGAAACCAUAGCAACGGUGGAAGGUGAUGAAACAACUACAGAUGUCAUGACAACAGAAAUGGUUACCAAUGCUACCACAACUGAAAUGGUCACUAAUGCCACAGAAACAGCACACACAUCAACUGGGAGCUUAUCUACAGGUUCAGUCAGUACAACAGAUUCUACACUAUCCAUGGCAACUGGCACAUUAACAUCAAUAACAGGAACACAUACUAUUGGAACAACAGCAACCAUGACAACAGGAACAUUAGAAUCUGGAACAAUGACAACAGGAACAACUGAACAGGAAACUAGUGGAACAACUAUUACCAUGACAACAGGAACAACUGUUACCAUGACAGAAGGAACAACUGAACAGGAAACCAGUGGAACAACUGUUACCAUGACAGAAGGAACAACUGAACAGGAAACCAGUGGAACAACUGUUACCAUGACAGAAGGAACAACUGAACAGGAAACCAGUGGAACAACUGUUACCAUGACAGAAGGAACAACUGAACAGGAAACCAGUGGAACAACUGUUACCAUGACAGAAGGAACAACUGAAAAGGAAAUCAGUGGAACAACUGUUACUGUUACAGAAGGAACAACUGAACAAGAAACCAGUGGAACAACUGUUUCCAUGACAACAGGAACAACUGAACUGGAAACUAGUGAAACAGCUGUUACCAUGACAACAGGAACAACUGAACUAGAAACUAGUGGAACAACGUUUACCCUGACAGAAGGAACAACUGAACAGGAAACCAGUGGAACAACUGUUACCAUGACAGAAGGAACAAUUGAACAGGAAACCAGUGGAACAACUGUUACCAUGACAGAAGGAGCAACUGAACAGGAGACCAGUGGAACAACUAUUACCAUGACUAAAGGUUCAACUGGACAGAAAACCAGUGGAACAACUGUUACCAUGACAGAAGGAACAACUGAACUAGAAACCAGUGGAACAACUGUUACCUUUACAGAAGGAACAUCUGAACAGGAAACAAGUGGAACAACUGUUACUGAUGCAGGAGGAACAACUGAAUCUAGAACCAGUGGCACAUCUGUUACCAUGACAACAGGAACACCUUAUAGAGGUACAGGUGAAACUACUGAAUCAAGGGGAACAGUGUUUACUGGAACAACUUCUAAGUCCUCUUUGAGUAAUGAAACCACAACAGACCAAGGAACAACAACUGAUAUAGGUACCACAACAGAAUCAGAAACCACAACUGAGAUAGGUUCAUCAACUGAAGGAGGAACAACUACAGCAAUGGGUACCACAACAGAAGCAGGAACCACAACAGAGGGAGAAACCCUAACAGAUGGAACAGCCACAACAACUGAAGCAUCAACUCCCACUGAUGGAACAGCUACAACAACAGAGGCAUCUACACCAACUGAUGGAACAGCCACAACAACAGAGGCAGGUACCACUUCAGAAGGCACAACAGUUGAGAAUACAGCCACAUCGAUGACUGAGAGUACCACCACUGGUAUGUCUGACACACCUACAGUAACACAAACAGCUGCUACUACCCAGGCAGACACGACUACAGAACAACCCACUGAAAUAACAACUACAGGUCAGUUAAUGACUGCAUCAGACACAAUUACUGUUCAGUCAACCACUGAAACAAAACAACAAACCACCACACAAGAAGACACUCUAACACAAGAAACAAGCUCUGUUGAGUCCUCUUCUAUAAGGGUUGAGUCAACUACAAGCUCUGUUGAGUCCUCUUCUAUACGGGUUGAGUCAACUACUCAAAAUAUUGAUCAGACUGAAAUUACAACCCCAGUGGCAACAACCUCUCAAGUAAUGACCUCAUCAGAAUCAAGUGUUCAGGAAACUACAACUAAGUCUGUUGAUACCACUGUUGUUGAUACUACAGAACCACAGACAACAACAGAUAGUCCAACUACCACCGUCGUAGAAACAACAGUUCAGACAACACAACAAACAACAACACCAGUCAUGACAACAGAGCAGACGACACAGGGAUGUAUAGGAGCAAACAACAGCUAUCCUGACUUUACUAAUAAUCCCAGCCUGUCAAAUUCAAUCAGCAAUGAUAAAUCAGCUGUGAUCUACACAUGUCAAGUCGUAACAUCAACAGAAGCUGGAGCCAUUCAUAAAGUCAUGUGGUAUGUGGGUACAUCACUACUCAAAGAAUCGACUGUGACGACUGGCAAUGUUGUUAUGUUAAAUUCUAAAGAUGAUAUGGAUACCAGUCAACGGGCUUCUGCUCUUAAUGAUGGGGUAUCAUGUGGAGUUACAGUGAGUAACCCUAAUAGAUGUGGUGAUGGUGUGAGUCCUGAGUUAAACUCCACAGUAGUUACUCCAUUCCAACAAACAGUUGACAUUCCUGACAAGAUAACCUUGGUUGAAGGUGAACCAUCUACACCUUUCCCAAUCACUAUUUCACAAAACUAUGAUCUGUACUGUACGCUUACCUAUGGUAAAUCAUGUGACAUAGAGAUCGUAGCACGUACAGUUGUUCCAGUCGACAAGAAGGACAAGAAGAAAUGUUUCGAUGGUAAUGACAUUGAUGCCAUUGCUGUAGAAUCUGAUUCUACCGACCCAUCCACAGCAACCCCUGGUGUCAAAUUCAUUGGCAGUACCAAAACGUAUUCUCUAAAACUUAAAGCAAGAAUUGAUAGAAAGAACUUCAAAGUUCCAUUAUCAAGACAAGUGAAGAUUGUACAGAUUGAUACGCCAUCUGGUGAUAGUCCAGUGGAGAAGAUAAUUAAAACAGUUAAUGUGACCUUGGAAGAUACCUAUUCUACAGCUCAAUGUCAAGCUACUGGUGAUCCUCAUGUUAGGACUUUUGAUGGAACAUUCUAUGAUGCAUUGUUUACUGGAGAGAUGAUUAUGUACAGAAAUAAAGAUUUCCAAGUGGAGGUACGAGCAUACUUCAGUAAGUGUAGCCAAGGAAGCUGUAUCUGUGCAGUAGCAUGCAGGGCUGGUGAUGAUGUCAUUAAACUAGACAAAUGUCCACUGGCAGGUCAAACACUGGAUGCCUACCCUAUUGUCAAUACUGCGUUUACUCGUGGUAACUCAUUCACACCAAUGUUCAAAGAAUUCCAAGAGUUAAAUGGAGAGAGAUUCCAGAUUCUUUUACCAACUGGAACGAGAGUAACUGUGAGAAAUGAUCAUAAUGAAUACAUGAAUCUUUACAUACAGCCCUCAGCUCAGGAUAGAAACAAAACAGAAGGAAUGUGUGGCUCCUAUAGUGGUAUCAAAGAGGAAGAUCUAGUAGAUAUUAAUGGUGUUACUCAUACUUUACCUGAUAAUAAACGCCCUGAUGUUUUCAGUAAGAGCUGGAGAAUUGCCCAGGGAAGUCCUGACUCGAUAUAUAAUGGAUACACAGGAACAGUAACCAUGCCAACACCUGUGUAUUGUGUAAGUUUUGAUGAUGGAAGCACACAGAGCUGUGAUUACUUCAAAGAUAUUGACCUCUGUUCAGUACAUAAGAAUGGUGUUGAUAAAACCCAGGACCUACUAACAGAAGAACAAGAUAGAAAUGCAGAGCAGCAAGCUGAGCAGCAAACAGUAAGGAGGAGGAAAAGAGAUACGACAACUCCAAAUGCAUUUACUUAUGAUGCUAAUUUUAAUUCUCCAACUAAUUUAGCUUGGCCUACAAGUUCUGGAAUUACUUAUUCUCAAGCAGAAACAUACUGUCAAAAAGCUCUCCAGUCGCAAGCAGGAAUUAACUGUGCUGGUAUUGUUGGAAAUACGACACAAGAUGUUGAGUCAUGUAUUAAUGAUGUCUUGUUAACAAAUAGUAUGGAUUGGGUUGACGCUGUUAUCCAAAGUAUACAGGAGCAAUGUUAUACAACAGUGACCACUGAUGAGAACCAAUGGCUGGAUAACGGCUCAGGGACACCAUCUAUACCUACAAUUAUUGUUGAUAAUAUCUGUCUGAAUGACUGUAGUAAUACUGGAACAUGUAGGCAGGGUGAAUGUAUUUGUAAUACUAACACCUUUGGACCAGACUGCAAUGUAACAAGUACAGACAAACCAACUGUCCUAGCAUCCUAUAGUAAUAAUGUGUGUGAUCUGUCUAAACUCAACUGUACACUGAUAAAAGUCUAUGGGGCCAGAUUUAUCAAUAGUACAGACUUAACAUGUCAUCUCACAGAAGUUACGGUUGGAACUAAUGGAAUAACCAACACAUUAGCUACAGAGAAAGUGGCAGCCAUAUACAAAAGUUUAGCACAUGUAGUAUGUCCAAAUCCUGACAAGAAAACUGUGACUGUGGCUCUCAGUAAUGAUGGUAAUACCCCAAGUGACCAGCAGUCCAUUUAUGUGGCCUACACCUCAAACUGUUACACAUGUACAAAGGAUGCUACAACUGCUACAGCCACAUGUACUACAAAUCUUGCUAGUUCCUGUUUGAUUGGGUCUGAAUGUUACGUAAAAGAUACCAAAUCACCUACUGAUCAAUGCAUGGCCUGCAGACCCAGUAUAGCUACAGAUAGCUGGUCCAAAGUUACAGGUUCUGGCUGUGAAGACAAACCACCAAAUGAAGAUGGCUCAGAAAUGAAUGCUGUUACAAUCAUUGCAGUAUCUGUUACCAUAGCAGGUCUCAUACUUAUAGGAAUUAUAGUGGCUGGUAUCUGUGUUUAUCGUAGAACCAGAUUAAGAAAAGAAAAACUUGAAAGUGCUGGAAAUUCAGAAAUAGAAUACAGAUCUAAGAAUCCCAAUGCUAUGGUUCCAUACUUCCCUCCCGGUCAGGAAUGGAGUUAUGCCUACGAUCAUCCAACAAACUCUAGUGUAUACCGACCACAACGAAUAGCCUUCUAUGACAACAGAGCAGCAUUAGAUGAUUAUUUUGAAGACUAAACAGUGAUCAUUUAUUAAUUGUCUUCCUUAUAUUACAAAGACUACCACCAUUUGCUAAACUUGUUAUUGAAAAUAAUAUUGAAUGCUCAGAAUAAUAUGAUACAAUCAUAGAAAUAAUUAUUAAAUAAGCUUAUAGAAGUCUUAUUUUUUAUUGUUAAUAUAAAUUGGUGCAAUCCUAAUGUUUCAUAUAUUUGGGUGAAUAUUAGGGCAUUUGUUUUGAAUGUAGAUAUUUUAGUAAUCUGUCGGUCUGUGAAACUAUUAUGAAUAUAGCUUGAAUUUAUGAAAUAUUAUUUUUUUCUAUUUUUUUACUCUUUUUAGAAAUAUAUGUUUAUACAAGAUGCAUUUUAUAUACAUUUUAUCAGAUAAAGAUAUUGUUGGAAAAUUCAUUUCAUAAGUGAGUCUUGUUUUGAUUUUUUUUUUUUUUUUUUUAUACGUUAAACAUUAUUCUUAACAUUGUCUUCUUGACGUUUCUACUUGAGUGUAAAAUUUAAAGUUACUCUAAAAUUUCAAAAUACAAAAAAAUUAAGUAGGUACAAUGAAUAAAUAUUUUGGAAACAUACAUUCACCAUGUUCCAGAUUCAAUGGUCAGUAUUUAUGUAGAUAGAUAUGAAUAUAAAGCAUACACAUUUUGAUAUGUUCAAAAUGUACAACUAAGUACCUUAGGUGCUAUAUUAAUGCCAUAUUUACUUCUGUUUCUACUUUUAGAAAAACAAUACUUCUAUUAAAAAGUAUCUAAGGCAGUUUUAACUACUAUGAAGUUCUAUAUCUUAUGGUAUCUCUAUUAGAAUUUGUUAACUCACAAUAAUUAAUCUUCAUCUAUUACAUGGUUACUUUUUAGGAAGAAAAAAAUCAGUAAAACACAGUCAAUAUGUUGGUUGGUUAACAUUGCAAAGGCAUUCAAAUUUAGAAAUUACAUCAGCAAAUAAUUGUAUAUUUUAUGCCAUUUAUGUUUUCUUACAAAUAUUCCUUUUUUUUUGUUGACAAUCAAAAAUGCAUAUAAAUUCCAAGAAAUAACGAUCCACUGCUAUAAAAUAAGAAUUCAUGACAUCUCCAAAUCUUAUAGAGUUUAAUAUUAGAAACUUUUUGUUGGUGUCCUGAAUUAAACAUAUUUUAUGAUUCUUAUACAUUCUAAUGCCUAUUUUUGUAACACUGUAUUGGCCAAAUGAAGUUGUAAAUUUCAAGACGUUGCUGUUAUUUGAUAAUGUAAUUAUUCACAACACCAAUUUUAAGACAGUAAAGUAACCGUAUUUGUCAGACACAGAAGUUGUUGGUAACAUAUAUUAAUGUCAGGAAUUGCUCAACACAAAGGAUUUGUUAACCUUUAUGUUUUUGUUAUUCAUAUUAUACUGUUCCAAAGUUGUUUAUAUAAUGUCAUUUAAAAUUUUAUAAUAAAACAU